AUGAGUGAAACAGCAAUUGCAGCCAAUUUGGCUGCUGGUAUCAUUGAGGAGGUAGACGGCUUCAGCAGCGACCAGGACCGGAUGGGCGCGGAAAGCCCCGACGUCAUCCAGAUCGAAACCCCGCCCAAGAAGAAGGAGAGGAGACAGCGACUGCUUCGAGGACUGCAGCGCAUCUCUUCCUCGCCCUCGCUGGCCCAGAUAGGGCGCUCGCGAUCCUCAAGCAGCCCGUACCAUGGGCCCGGCAGCUUUUCGUGUGUAAGUCUGGCUUCGAGCCCCUCCCCGUUCGGCCAGCCCAGCGCCGCCGGCUCGUACUUCUCCUACUCCUCAAAAGGAGGGCUCUCGACUGCGCCGACAACGCCUGGCGCCGAAUCUCCCUACUACUACGAUGGCAUCGAGGAGAUCCUCGCUGCCCGCAAGGUCGAUAAUGCAGCACCGGCUGGCCCGUCUACUACUACCAUUGCCUUGCCAGCCGAUGUGAAGCCCAAGAGAGCUUUCUUCAACAUCUGGAUGCACCUACCUCACGAGGUCAAGAUCCAUGUCCUGCAAUUCCUACAGCCGAAAGAGCUUGUGCGAGUAUCACGCGUGAACAAAGAGUUCUACAAGAUGUGCUUUGAUGGCCAAUUGUGGACAAGCUUCGACGCGUCGGAGUUCUAUCAGGAGAUCCCCGCCGAGUCAUUGGCCAAGAUCAUUGUCGCUGCUGGCCCAUUCGUGAAGGACCUCAAUCUAAGGGGUUGUGUCCAGGUGGAACAUUAUAAGAGAGCAGAAGUCGUCGUGAAAGCGUGCAAGAACUUGAUUAACGCGACUCUGGAUGGCUGCCGUAACUUCCAACGUACGACGUUACACAGCCUGCUCAGAAGCAAUGAGAAGUUGGCAAACCUUGACUUGACCGGGUUGAGUGCAGUAACUAACACCACAUGUAAAAUCAUUGCGCAGUCUUGUCCGUCACUGGAGAAACUCGACGUCAAGUGGUGUGAGCAUAUGGAUGCCCGCGGUAUCAAGAUGGUAGUGGAGGGUUGCGCCAUGCUUAAAGACUUGCGAGCCGGUGAGGUCAAGGGCUUCGACAACCGGGAGGUUGCAGAAGCGAUAUUCCAGACCAACAAUCUAGAGAGGCUGGUCCUGAGCGGAUGCGAAGACCUAAACGAUGCGGCCCUCCGCAUCAUGAUGCACGGAAGCAACCCGGAAAUCGACAUACUCACCGACAGGCCGCUGGUGCCGCCGAGGAAGCUCCGUCAUCUUGACCUCAGCCGAUGCUCUAACCUUACAAACAACGGCGUCAUGGCUCUCGGCCACUUCGUCCCGGAGCUCGAGGGUCUACAGCUCAGCGGGUGUACCGCUCUAUCGGACGCAGCACUUGAGCCGAUCUUGGCUACGACACCACGUCUGACCCAUUUGGAACUCGAGGAUCUCGCAGAGCUGAGCAAUUCUAUCCUCUCCGAACAUUUGGCCAAAGCUCCCUGCGCACCGAAGCUCGAGCUCUUGUCAGUCAGUUACUGCGAGAACCUCGGCGACACGGGCAUGCUCCCCGUGAUUCGAAAUUGCGUCAAUCUCCGCUCGGUGGACCUGGACAAUACACGAAUCAGUGAUCUCACCCUCGCUGAGGCGGCUGCGAUGGUCCGCAAGCGCUCAGGGCGCACAACAGAUCGCACCAACCGCCCCCGAGUCGGUCUCAACAUGGUCGUCUACGACUGCCAGCAUGUGACAUGGACGGGCGUGCGCGAGGUCCUGUCCCGCAACACCGAGAUCAAGACACCCAGAGCCGACGCCAACUCCCGGCCGGUAUCGACGUAUCCCACCGAGGUGAUCGCCCUGAAGUGCUUCUACGGGUGGCAGAUGACGGUGGACGAGCACACGAAGCGGGUGCUCAAGGGCGACCUAGCCGCGGCCAGCAGGCUGGAGCGCAAGUGGGCAGACUACAUGCAGGCCAACGAGGAGGCCGGGGCCAUCGGCGCGGGUAUUCGCCGUAGGAGGCGACGCGCUCGCGAAGCCCAGAUGGCACAUGCCGAUGAGGAGGAGGCCGGGGCGACGGCCACCGGGCGCAGGCGGGCGAGGACCGCGGCCUGUGCCAUCAUGUGA